CUUCUUCUUCUUCUUCUUCUUCUUCUGGACCUAAUUACUUCUGCCACUCCAUCGUCACUUCUUUGGGUGUGGAAUCUGGGUGUGUAAUACGAACCUUCCCGUCAAUACAGUACUGUACAUUCAUUGCCUGGACCCGCCCUCCUCUCAUCUCAUUGGCUGCACCAUCGUCGGGCGAGGCUCGGGAUCCGUGCCUUUAAUUCUCCGGACGGCUGUCCCACUCCCACUCCCACUCCCACUCCAUCAACCUAACUUACCCCACACUUUGGGCUGGUGCUGGUGCUGGUGCAACCCCUGUAUCAAAGAGGGUUCCCCUCACUUCACCUCAGUUCCAACAGAUAAUCAGCGCAGGCGAGGCAGGGUACAGACAGCGAGCUAGAGCUACUUGUAAGAGGAGGUAAGGAAUGCAAUGUAAGUAAGCUCUGCUCUGCUCUGCACUUGACCCCUCAAUGUGACGACGCGCCAAUGCAUAGGUAUCUCAGUUAGAUGCGAGCGGGGAGGACGGCUUCUCAAUCUCUUCUUCUUCUUCUUCUUCUUCUUCCUUCCCUUUCCUUCCUUCGUCCUUCUUCUAUUUCUAUCAUCUCCCCCGAUGUGAGUAUUGUACUAUACAAGCUACAAGACAUCUUCAGUCUCGCAUUUCGUCCUGUACGGCAAUUGGCAAUUAGUACUGCAGACUCAGUUUCGCCUACCUCAACCUCCAAGGCUCAUUUCCAAGCAAACAACCAACCAACCAACCAACUGAAUCACUUACCUCGAAGCUUUACAAGAUGUCUACCUCAACCUCCCCCGCAACCUUCCUCUCCGACAAAGCCAGCGCCCUUGAAUCCUCUCACCCCGUUGCCCCCUCCGAAGCGCGCGCGGCCCAAAUCCCCCUCCAAACAUUCAACCUCCCAACCUUCCCCCCGGAAGCCUUCACCGCCGGCCUCACGUCCCUAAUCCUCACCUCGGACAUCAAACUCGACGAAUACCAACCUCUCCUCGACCAACCCUUCUCCGUCCCCGACCUCCCUCAAUCCAUCACCGCCCUCACCCUCGAGCUCUUCUCCCUCGGUUACCCACCCGGCUUCCUUACCGAGCUCGGCAAGAAACUCAUGGGCAUCAAGAGUUUGACGCUAUAUUCGCAAUUGCUGGCUGGCACGACGACCUACAGUAAGGAUGAUGCGGUGACUUUCUUUCGGUUCCAGACCCAAUUGAGGGAGUUGCAUCUCCUGGAUGUAUUUGGACCGAAAGGAUUCUAUGCCGAGCUUGCUGGGAGAGUAUCUCCAAGUCUGCGAUUCUUGGAAGUCAAUUUCACGUAUCGGCAUUCGGAUCCGCAGUUCUUGAGCAGUGUUCCAAGCGCUGAGAUCGUGGACUUUUUGAAGAAAGGCGCUGAGACGGGUGGGACUGCGAACACAGGAUUGUUGGGACUCACGGCGAGUAUUUCGGCGCCGGAUAUUACGGAUGAUGAGGAUGAUAGGGAAGGAACUGAGGUGGGGAUUUUGCCUGUUGAGAAGGGGCAGACGGAGGGCUUGGUGGAUGCAUUGAAGGAUGUGGGGAAGGAGAUGGUUAUGCUGGAUGUUACCAUGUUUGAAGUUUCUGUCGAGCAGGUCAAGAAUAUCAUUUCGGCGUGCCCAAAAGUCAAGAUCCUAGGCUUGACCGUCACGGUGGACAAAGGGUGGGGUGAAGUCUUUGAGGUUCUUGGGCAGGAUGGGAAGGGUGCUGGGGUGGAAGUAUUGGAAUUAGUAGGUGUGCCGGGGAAGGAGUUUGCAGAGAGUAUUAAGGAGGGAGAGACCAGUGGGUUGAGUAAAGAUGUGUUGGAUGCGGUUGUUCUGGCGGGGUGUAAGAGCUUGAAGAGUGUGAAAGUCAGCGUGUUGAGGACAAGGAGUGAGAUGUGGGUUUUGGAGGGGGAGGAGUGGAAUUUGAAGGCGUGAGAGAUGGCGUUGCGCAAAUUUUGAGAACUGCAGGUUUUUUCAAAUCAAGAGAUGGAAGAUAGAUCGAAGUCUUUACUUGGCUAUUCUGGGUCGCGGUCAAUGGAUAUCUGCUGAGAGAACGAAAGAGCCCGACUCGCU